GUCACCGUUAGGCAGCCCUGUCUUCGGUUCUUACGCUUGUAAACUGGUCAGUUCGAUCAUUUUGAGAUUCUUGGUCUUGCAUCUUUGCUUUCACUGCAAAACCCUAAUAUCAAAGUUUGAACUUUAUCCCCACUCCAAUGAGGAUUCUCAUCCGCAGCUCUGAGAGGUUCUUUUUUGGGCAAAUGGGUUAGCAACUUAAUUUUAAGACAUUCGAAACCUGGUGAGGGAAAGCUUCACUCACCUUUUAAGUAUUGGUUUUCUACUUCUUUGGAGUAAAGGGAGCAUCACCAUUCAGCUUUAGUGGUUUCAAUGGAUCCUAUAGAGAUCAGUUCAUCUGAUAGUGACUUUGACUUGGAGACAGAAAAUUCUGGAGAAACAGAUAUAUCAUCUUUCAGGGACUCUGCAAAUUCUAGGGUUCUUCCUCAGUGGGCUGUUACAGAUGGCACAAACUCAAGAAGUACAGGGAAUGGGAAUAUGGAUCUGCAUCAGACUAUUAAUUCUCGAAUUGCUAAUGGUUCUGGUAGAGAAUUUGAGAGACUGUCUUCUCAACAGGCUUUGAAGAGAACUCUUCCACCAUCUAUUCAGCUUUCUAGACUAAGCAUGAAAGCAAAUAAUUCUGUAGAGAAUGUGAGUAGUAGUCAGAUUCGUGAUAUUUACGGAAACUCUUACCAUUUAGCUGGCCCAAGUUUUAACAAUGGCAAGAGCUAUAUGAGAGACCAUUCAAUUGGACGCAAUAAUGAUGAAGUUAUGAUGUAUGAAAACAAUGGGAGUAGGAUCCUUCCUCCAUCUUUAAUGCAUGGAAGGUCUAUUUCUUCCACUCAGUUUUCUGGUUCAAAAGAUCCUGUCUAUCGUCCUGGAAUGAGUGAAGAAAGGGUUGCUGGAAAUGAUGAAAGAUUGAUAUAUCAAGCAGCUGUGGAGGUUCUCAAUCAGCCAAAACUUGAAGUUAAUUUACCUGAUGGUCUUCUUUCUGUUCCUCUUCUAAGACAUCAGAAGAUUGCAUUGUCGUGGAUGCUUCAAAAGGAAAACAGAGGUGGACCAUGCUUGGGUGGAAUCUUGGCUGAUGAUCAGGGCCUUGGUAAAACUGUCUCAAUGAUUGCUCUUAUACAAAUGCAAAGGUCUAAGGAGUCCAAAUCGAAAUCAGAAGAACAUUGCAAUCAUAAAACUGAAACACUGAAUCUGGAUGAUGAUGAUGAUGAUAGUAAUAAUAAUAAUAAUGGUGGGUUAUAUAAGGAAAAGCUGGUUGGAGAAUCUUCUGGUGUUAAUCAUAAAACUGAAAUACUGAAACUUGAUGAUGAUGGUGAUGAUAAUAAUGGUGGGUUGGAUAAAGAAGAGCAGAUUGGAGAAUCUGAAGAAGUUAAGCCAAUUCCUGAAGUGAAUAGUACACGAGCAUCCAGUAAACGGAGGUUAGCAGCUGGUACAUUGGUUGUGUGCCCAGCAAGUGUUUUGCGACAGUGGGCUAGGGAGCUGGAUGAGAAAGUUGCAGAGGAAGCUAAACUUUCUGUUUUAGUUUACCAUGGAGCCACUCGUACCAAAGAUCCUGCUGAAUUGGCCAAAUAUGAUGUGGUUUUGACGACAUAUUCAAUUGUAACUAUUGAAGUUCCUAAGCGACCUUUAGUUGAUGAGAAUGAGGCUGAUGAAAAAACCAGGGAAAGAUAUGGGUUGUCUUCUGAAUUUUCAAUUAACAAGAAGAGAAAAAAGGCAUCUAAUUCUGGUAAGAGGGGGAAAAAGGGUAGAAAAGGAUAUGAUGACUCCUCUAUUGAUUCUGAUUGGGGUCCACUGGCCAGAGUGGGCUGGUCUAGGGUGAUACUGGAUGAAGCUCAAACAAUAAAAAAUCAUCGCACUCAAGUAGCUAGAGCCUGCUGCAGUCUUCGAGCCAAAAGGAGGUGGUGCUUAUCUGGAACACCUAUACAAAAUGCUAUUGAUGAUUUGUACAGCUACUUCAGGUUUCUAAGAUAUGGACCGUAUGAUACAUACAAAUUAUUUUAUGAAGGAAUAAAACUUCGAAUAUCAAGAGAUUCUGUGACUGGCUACAGGAAGCUUCAAGCUGUUCUGCGGGCAAUAAUGUUGCGCCGCACAAAAGCAACAUUGAUUGAUGGAGAGCCUAUAAUUAAGUUGCCACCAAAAUCAAUCCACUUGAGUAAGGUGGACUUUUCAACUGAGGAACGUGCGUUCUAUAUGCAGCUAGAAGCUGACUCACGCUCACAGUUCAAGGCUUAUGCUGCUGCUGGCACAGUGAACCAAAAUUAUGCCAAUAUUCUUUUGAUGCUUCUGCGUCUGCGUCAAGCCUGUGACCACCCACUUCUUGUCAAAGGAUAUAAUUCAGAUUCUGUUGCUAAAGACUCAGUUCAGAUGGUGAAGAGUCUACCCAAGCAAACGCUGAUUAAUCUACUGAAUUACUUGGAAACCUCUCCCAUCUGUAGAGCAUGCAAUGAUCCUCCCGAGGACCCAGUUGUUACCAUAUGUGGUCAUGUUUUCUGCUAUCAAUGUGUCUCUGAAUACCUGACAGGCGAUGAUAAUACAUGCCCUGCAGUUGAAUGUAAAGAACAACUGGGUCAAGAGUUAGUUUUCUCCAAAGCAACUCUUAGGAGUUCUAUUUCAGAUGAUCUUGAAGGGAGUCUCAUGGAUUCCCAGUUCUCUGAAAAGUCAGUUGUUCUACAGAAUGAAUAUAGUUCAUCAAAAAUCAGAGCUGUUAUUGAAAUUCUGCAGUCACAAUGUAAAUUAAGAAGUCCAGAAAGCAAUGGAACUUCUUCAUCUCCUGAGAAGGCCCUCUCAGAAAGUUGUGAUUCUUCUGUCACUGUUGUGAAGCACACAACUGUUUAUUCAAACACACCAGCUGAAGGACCAAUAAAAGCAAUUAUUUUCUCUCAGUGGACUGGUAUGUUGGAUUUGGUUGAGCUGUCUCUGAAACAAUAUUGUAUUCAAUACCGGAGGCUUGAUGGCACGAUGACAUUGGCUGCACGAGACAGGGCUGUCAAAGACUUCAACACUGAUCCAGAGGUAACAGUAAUGCUGAUGUCACUGAAAGCAGGAAAUCUUGGUUUGAAUAUGGUUGCUGCAUGUCAUGUUAUCCUUCUGGAUCUUUGGUGGAAUCCCACUACUGAAGAUCAGGCUGUUGAUCGAGCCCAUAGAAUUGGACAGACACGCCCUGUUACUGUAACUCGGCUCACCAUUAAAGACACAGUUGAAGAUAGAAUAUUAUCUCUCCAGGAAGAAAAGAGAAAAAUGGUUGCUUCUGCUUUUGGUGAAGAUGCAAGUGGGGCUGCAACAACUCGCCUAACAGUAGAAGAGCUUAGAUAUCUAUUUUUGGGGCCACAAAAUCUCCCCUCAGAUAUCCGUUUAUGAUCUAGUGGAUUUUCAGACAUUUGGCUGCCUUCUUCCAGCAUUUAAUCAAAAUUUGCCAGUCCAUCCAGAAUGCAUAAAAAUUGACAUUUUUGAUCAGGAAACUGCACUUACGGUGCCCUUUGAUGCUGUGACUUGGGAGUGAUGCUUGUUGCCAUAUUUGGAUGGUAACUUGUGUGAGACUUGAAGCCCUCGGGUUUUUUUUUUUUUUUUAAUAUUCCCUAACAAAAGCAGAAAUUGCAAAAGUAGGCAGCCUGUAUAUAUUUUAAUUGAUUUUGCGGUAUAUAUCAAGGUUUUAGUUAAUAUACUUGUGUCCUCUUGUUCUUGACCAUAAUACAUAAUGUUGUCAAUCUUAAUGUGUGCUUGUCCAAAACUUUUUCCCCCUACUAAUGGAUUUUAUCUGGCUGGAUAUCAGAGUUCUAG